AUGAGACGAGGAGUAGAAGAUGUUGUGGAGUUGAUGCAGAAUAUACAAUCCCGGUUGACAGUAAAAGAAGCUGCCCAAACAAGCGUGUUGUCCAAGUAUUGGCUACACGCCUGGUCUACCUUCCCCAACCUCAGGUUCGAUGUUGGAAGAGGAAAGACCAUGAAGUUGGUGGACGUGGAGCGCACUCUAAUAAGGUAUCACCGCGAAAACACACCAAUCAAAAGGUUUGACCUUAAGAUCAACAUUGAGGAUCAAGAGUCAGCUUCUCAAGCUGAAAAAUGGAUCGGGGAUGUGGCCACCAAAACUUGUCUCAAAGAGAUUUCCCUCUCGCUCUUACUUUGGGGUGCCUCGUUUAGGUUGCCAGAUGAGAUAUUGGCAAGUGAGAAUCUAACCAAGUUAAGAGUUUCGGCACCGAGGAUCCAUCCCAAUUUUGUUUGGAUGACAAUGACGAAUCCUGUGAUGUUCAAGUGUGUGUUAUCCCUACGAGAACUGCACUUGGAAGGUGUGAGCAUAAGUGAAGAGGCACUUCAUCACAUAUUGUCGUCUUGUUGCUUGCUUGAGAGGAUAGAACUUUUACAUUCCUGUGAGGGGUUCUAG